CGCACACGCCGCCCCACCCCCCAAAACGCAAAAGGGCCCACCAACAGAACCUCCCGGAGGCCCAAACUUUCGGCCCUCUUUCCUCUCUUCAAAGGUUUCUCAUACCCUAGAAAAUCUUUCUUUUGCAUUUCGCCUUUGUAAUACCCGAAAUAUACCAGUAGAGAGAGAAAGCUAGAAAGAGAAAGUAAUGGCGACAUUCAGCGAAGCACCACCAGGCAACAAGGAUGUCGGAGCUAAGAUCUUCAAGACUAAGUGCGCUCAAUGUCACACCGUCGAUCAAGGCGCUGGUCACAAACAAGGUCCUAAUCUAAAUGGCCUUUUUGGGAGGCAAUCUGGGACAGCUGCUUCGUACUCUUACUCUGCUGCUAACAAGAACAAGGCUGUCAUCUGGAGUGAAGAUACUCUAUACGAGUACUUGCUGAACCCCAAGAAGUACAUCCCUGGUACAAAGAUGGUGUUCCCUGGUUUGAAGAAGCCACAAGAUCGUGCCGACCUUAUUGCAUACCUGAAGGAUUCUACUCAGUGAUCACACCACAUGUCAUCUUUUAUGUAGGAGAGGUCAAAGGAGGAUUUUGAUCGAAACAUGAGAUUUUUGUUUCCUUAGUAAGAGCAACUUAGAAUUCGUUUUGCAAAUAAGUUUUACAGUAACGGGGAAAUGUUACCCUCGAUUCAUAUUACAUCAUGCUGUUACAGCUUGGUUUUAUCAACAUUAUUGUUUUACAUACGGUCUUAUUGACUUGAUUUGUUUCUGUAAAAGGAAAAUGAAACUGGAAAACGUUCCAUCGUUUUUGUUAUAGAUGGUGGAACAUUGUUUACA